AUGGAGUUGGUGAGGGAGGUGGGGUCCGGCGUUCCGGGCUCGGUCUCACCCACCCGGGACAGCAGGCACUGGGCCCCAUCCGGGAGGAGCAGCACGGAGUCUCCGGGGGCGGCAGGGGCAGCACAGGGGGAGGGGAGCGGUGGGAGGCGAUGGGUUGAGAUGCCGGCCCUCUGGCCUAGCCGUGAUCCCGAUCGCUUGCAACUGACCACCAGCCUGCCGGUAACCACCCGGGAACAACCCCGACCUGUACUUCAGCACCGCAGCCGAGACAGCCCCCGGACCACUGCCUUAGGAUGCCCAACGGAGCCCAGGACCGUCGCUGACCAUCGCCAACCCUCCCCCUUAGACAUGCCCGGGUGGGGGGGGGCGGUAGCAGUGCAGGGGAGGGAGGAACAGGAAAGAGGGGAGUAUUUGGGGUGGGGGCCGGUUCUCGACCACCUUCCGUCUCCAUCCCCUUCCUUCUCACGCUCCUCCCUCCCCUCAAUCCAGACCUCAACCACAAUAGCUCCCUCCGGUUCCUGGAGCACAGCCCUCUGGCCUAGCCGUGAUCCCGCUCGUUUGGAAGUGACCACCAGCCUGCCGGUAACUAUCCGGGAACAAUCCCGACUUGCCGUCCUUCAUCACCACAGCCGAGACAGCCCCCGGACCAGUGCCACAGGAGGUCCAACGGAGCCCAGGACCAUCUCUGACCAUCACGAACACUUCUCCUUAGAUACGCCCGGCUCCUACCACCCUCUGAACCAAACACUUAUUAAGGACGAAAGCUUCCUGGGCCCAGUCGUGAACAGAUGCCUGUCGCCAACCGGAAACAACCCCGACUCAUCGUUCAUCAGCACCCCUACCGAGACAGCCCCGGCCCACUGCGUCAGGAUGCCCACCGGAGUCUGGGACCAUUGCUGAACAUCGCCAACCUUCCCCCUUUGUUAUGCCCGGGGAGCCUUUGGCCUAGAAUCCCAGGGAAUAAUAAAUACUCUCUG